GUCACCAUGCCAGGUCCUCAAACUAGAAUCAAUUGAGUCGCGCGCACAUUGAUCAUAAUGACCUAAAUGUAACUAUGCCGCCAUUCUAAGAUACCUUUCGUGUCCGUCCUUUCAGUUAAUAUUCUAAAAAAAGACACUUGAAGAACAGGGGUAUGGACUUAGAAAUGCAACUUAGGGCGGCGGAAGCCCGGAGGAUCGAUCUAGAAAGACAACAUGCAGAUGCCCUUCAAGCUCUCAGAGGCUGCGGACCGGAAACACUAGAAGCUAGACAAUCAAGAGUAAGGGAGCUAGAGAAGAAAGUGGCACUAGAAACAGUCAGAUGUGAAGAAUUGCAGUUAGAAUUAGCAUCAUCACAUAGAGGAAGAAUGGGCACGAGCAUGCAGUCUGGUCAGAUGUCUAGCGGCAUGGGUGGACAGUCCUGGGGCAAUAAAGGUACUGAAAUAGAACGAAUUAUGGCUAAAAUAGAACAAGAUAACAGAAUAUUAGCUGAGUUAGACCAUAGUCGUUCUACAACUUUGGGAGCUGGUUUGGCAACGAGUGUAAGUUCCCAUGCCUUAGGAGAAUGUAGUCCACCUAUUUCUCCCAUAACUAUGUCACACACUACGCCAAGUAUAUAUCCAACGAUUAACACAGGAAUAGGACAAAACGCAUCGUACCAUGGUACCACAAAUUUAUCAGGAGGCUAUAUACCUUCGAAUACAGUUAAUGUGGGUGGCUACAAUCCUAAUGCAACACAAUAUAAUAGUUUGAGUCAUCAUUACAGUAACAAAAGUGCCAUGAUGGGUACUACAAUGAAUAGUCUCACUCAGCAUUCUAUUGGAAUGGGCGGAACGUUGGGGCAGAAUAGUGUAUUAGGUUCUUCUCUGCCUCCAAAUCUUUCUUCGAUCGGCACCGGUGUUAUGGGUACUCUUCCGUCUAACUUAGGACCUUCCAUUGUCCCAACCAGCUACACCCAAACCGCCAUAUCUAACAAUACGUAUGCUAAUCCUUUAACGAACAUUCCAACUGGUCUACAACAGACCUCUUUCAAUAAUCCAUCAUUCAGCAAUCCUGUAACUAGUUCACUGACUCAAUACACGCUUCCCUACUCUAACCCUAUAAAUCCAGUUGUGUCGACAAGCUUUGCCAACAAUAACGUAACGUUCUCAAAUCCUUUGAGUUCUCAGUUCAACAGUUUACCUAUUUCUGGAACGUCAAUGAAUAUAAAAUUGAAACAGAUUGAUGACGUCGAUAUUGGUACCAGGCGUGUAGCUACCCCUGUUACUCCACACCCACCGCCCCCAUGGGGCGGCACAACAAUGUCUGGAAUAUCAGAUUUGAGACCGAGGAUGCUUACAGAUGGAAUCGACUCAGACUGGAGCACCCUCCAUACUGGAGGCGAUAGAAAUUUUCUGAAUGGGCAGAUGAAUACCGAAGGACAAGUGGAUAUGUUAGACAUUCCUGGAAAAGGUCGAUGCUCAGUUUAUAUCGCAAGGUUCUCUUAUGAUGCCGAGCCGGAUGCAGAAGAAGAACUGAGUAUCCAGGCGGGUGAUUAUCUCCUCGUUUGGGGUGAUCCGGUAGGGCCUGGAGGAUAUCUUGAUGCUGAACUAUUAGAUGGUAGGAGAGGAUUAGUACCUUCGCAUUUCGUACAAAGAUUGAUAGGCGAUGAUCUUCUAGAGUUUCAUCAAGCAGUAUUGAGUACUUUGAGAGAAGAGGAAAUUAAUCAAGAAAACUUCGCUGCUGACGUACAACGACUUAAUGAGAUAGCAGAAAUGACUGAGGCUCACGAAGACGAAGGUCCCGAAGGUGAGAUAGCUGACCUUUUCUUCUCGGUGUUAGUGCCGGCACCACGACAGUUGACGCUAGAACGGCAGCUGAAUAAGAGCGUUCUCAUUUCUUGGACAGCUCCGGAGGGCGUUGGACCAGGAAACCAUAUAGAGAGUUAUCAUGUUUACGUCGAUGGUGUACUCAAAGCAACAAUAAAAGCCACAGAAAGAACUAGAGCUUUGGUGGAGGGAGUUGAGAGCAAUCGGCCACAUCGUAUCAGUGUGCGAUCAGUUACUGCUAAUAGAAGAACUUCAAGAGAUGCAGCUUGCACCAUGAUAAUUGGUAGAGACACUCAUUCUUUGGGACCCAGUGCGGUGAGAGCUUCGAAUAUAACUUCAACGUCAGCGGUGAUAAGUUGGUUGCCAGCGAAUUCAAAUCACCAGCAUGUAGUUUGCGUUAAUAAUGUGGAAGUAAGGACUGUAAAACCAGGCGUUUAUCGUCAUACUAUCACCGGAUUAGCUGCUAAUACACAGUACAGGGUCACUGUAAGAGCAAAACAUCACAGAACUGCACAAAAUGUAGCUAAUUUAGCUGAAGAAUUACCUAUGCCGGCAGCAGCUCAUACUGAUUUUAGAACUCUACCAAAAGGUUUACCUGAUCCACCGAGUGAUAUUUUAGUCGAACCUGGUCCACAAGAUGGAACACUCUUAGUUACUUGGCAUCCCAUUUUAAACCCUCACCAUCCGGGAUCAGCAAUAACAGGUUACGCUGUAUACGCCGAUGGAAAAAAAGUUACUGAUGUUGACAGUCCUACUGGUGAUCAUGCACUCAUCGAUAUCAGCAAGUUACUUGGUUUAAAUCCUAAACACGUAACUGUACGCACUAAAGCUAGAGAUAGCCAGUCGACCGAUAGCGUCCCUACUCCUAUCCCGCUUAGUGUUCUGAGAGGCGGAGCUGCGAAAUCUAGACAACAACCACAUUCUGCAGUAAUGCCUGCCCAUCUUCGACAACAAAUGCCAAGACAACAACAGCAACAGUCAGGACAACAGGUUAUCGAACCAGAGGAAAAUUUGAGUGACAAAGAAAUAUUUCCCAAUUCCACUGGUCAUCGACAACAGGGAGGAAUUCCUUCUAUUGAAAUAACUAAAGAAAAUUAUGAGGACAACAUGUCCGAAGACGAAUUGUUAGAAAGACGUAAUCAAAGACAAUAUCAACAAAGAAAUCAACAAAGGCAAGGCCAACAAAGAUCAGAACAACAGCAGCAGCAACAACAACAACAACAACCACAGCAACAAGUACAAUCCCAGCAACAACAGUAUUAUCAGCAACCUCAAGCAAUUUCAAGGGACCCAAAUAGUCGUAUGCCUCAACAGAUACGUAAUCAACAAAUACAAAAUGUAAGAGGAGGUCCAAACAACCCACAGAGCAAUCCAGGUAAUCGUCCAGAUCCUCAAAAAAGAGCCAGAUGGUUCGUUGCUUUGUUCGAUUACGAUCCUGCUACAAUGUCACCAAAUCCAGAUGCAUGUGAUGAAGAACUGCCUUUUUCGGAAGGAGAUACAAUCAAAGUUUGGGGAGAUAAGGAUGCUGACGGUUUUUAUUGGGGUGAAUGUAGAGGAAGAAGAGGAUACGUUCCGCAUAAUAUGGUGAUGGAAUUAGAAAGCAACCAAAAUAGAGACAGAUGGGGUGACAGCUUAAGUAAUAUGCCAGUUAAACGGAUGGUGGCAUUAUAUGACUAUGAUCCCCAAGAGUUGAGUCCUAAUGUUGACGCCGAGGUAGAAUUGAGCUUCACUACGGGCCAAAUUAUCACUGUCUACGGAGAUAUGGAUGACGAUGGGUUCUAUAUGGGUGAAAUAGAUGGCGUACGCGGAUUAGUACCUUCAAAUUUUCUAACAGAAGCUCCUGAUCAGUAUGGUGCAGGACAAACAUCUCAGCAAGCUGCACAAAGGGGUCAAAGGGGAAGAGGAGUUGGUCCGGGAGCCAGAGGACCCCCACCUCCACCGAGAGAAAACCAAAUACGUGGAAGGAAUAAAGAUGCCUGCCUUCCUGUGUAUACCUCUCAGUUAGACUCGCUGAACACGUCUACGACACCGAACACUAUCACCGAGCACCAGCAGGGGAGAGCGAGAGGCAUGCUGAGGCCCGGUGGUAAUCAACAACAGCAACAGUCGCAACAGCAACAUCCUCCACUGCAACAACAACAAUCUUUCGGUGGUCAGCAAACUAGUACGACCGCGUCUAGUGGCGGUGGUCUCUUUAGUAGCCUAAUGGGCUCAAGCCAAUCUCAGCAACAACAACAAAAACAACAAUUCUCCAAUCAGAACCCAGCUUUCCAAAAUCAAAACCAAGCAUUCCAAAACGCGAAUAGAAUACAGCAUAAAGGCGUUCCUCAAGUAGUGCCGAAUGUGAUUGGCGGUGGACAAAUGCCCAAUAAUCAACAAACUCAAAUGAACAGUCCCGGUGCGCCAAAUUUAAUGCAGAAAUUAAACGAAAUCACGGCUCCUGGUGGUGAUAUAUUAUCCAAAGGAAAAGAACUUAUAUUUAUGAAAUUCGGGUUAGGAGGAAAAUAACCAUUUUAUAUUCUUUAAUUGUUAUUUUUGUACCACGCUGUUUUUGGAAACCUUCUUAAACAUUUCUUCCAUCUUUCAUGAACUUUUGUGAUAAAUUUAAAUACGAAAAGUGCUUAAGGCAUUAUUAUGGUUUUUGUAGGUGAAUGGCGUUACUACGAUGCUACUAUCUGAUAUCAGUGUUAUAUGAAGUAUUGAUGUGCUGUAGAUAAUUCAUAAUUCAAAGAACAAAAUCAAUAGAAAAUGAAAAAAUGGUUAAUCACCAUUCCUACUUAUUUAAAUUACAACUUAUUAUCAGAGACCAAGUGGGUCUAUCAUAUACAGAUAGGAAUAUUCCUUAAAUGUGUUUUUGAUCACUGGCAUUUGUAUUACCAUAUUCAUGAUUAUCAUAAAAAACUAAAUUACCAAUAAAUUAUAAGGUUUUUGAAUUUCCAUCUGUAAUUCGUUAUGUAGAUUAUUGUGAUUAUUACACUGAAAAUUGUCUGAAAUUGACACAACUGGCUUCUGGAGCAAGAGGAUAUCUGUGUUCCAUGUAUGUUUGCACCCAUAAUGGAGGUUCCAUAAAUACUUUCCUCAUGGUGUUAAUAAAAUUGAACUAAUUUUUUUAUAUCUCUAUUUUAUCUAACUCUUUUAUAGCAACUAAGGUUCCAUUGGAGCAUAUCAGAAUACCUAAAUUUAUACCUUUUAUGAAAAAUAACUAGAUCGUCGUUGUAUAUUCUUGCUUUAAGGGGAACUUCCAUAUUUUCCAAAAUACUAUUUAUGGCUAAAAUAAAUUAAUUACGGAACAUUGCAGUAGCCUCUUCAGAAAUUUGGGUAUUUAUUCUCACGGCAAAAGAUCUUUUUGUGGGAAGUUUUUGAUAAAAGCUAAGCAGUGGCCUUUUCUAUUCCAUUUACUGAAAGUCCUUAGAAUAUGAUAUCGCCAAAUCGUGUCGAAUGUCCGAAUAUGGCCAUAUAUUCUAAUUCAAUGCGAAUCCCUCAUGAAUAAAGCUUUAUAAUUCCAUAAUGUUGUGUAGAGUUGAUCCAGGUUUUCUAAAGCCACUUUCUUCCUGAAUUAUAAGAUAAGAGUAUCCAUAAAAGUCGUUUGUUGAUCACUAUUUUGUAAACGUUGAAGGCAUACAUACUAGUUUUGAUGCCGUUUUCACAUGCUUAAUUCCACCAUGGAAUUGGAACUCUAUCCCUAAUCAGCUAGGAGAUUUUGGAGUCAAGACUGCGAAAAUUUCUAUUCAUGUAGUGAAAUAAAAUAUUACUAAUACAGGAAGCAUCCAAUACAGUGAGUUGUUAUUUGGAAAAAUUGUUUCGUUUAGCUGCAGAGACGUUCAUUACGGUAGGUUAACCUUUAAACAUUUCCUUAAUUUUUAGUUAACGUUCUUUGCUGGUGGUAGAUGCUUAUGUUUAUGUUUUCUGAAAGUUUUAAGUUUAAAGUUUCAAUAUCUUAUCAACUCUUAAGCACAUAAUUAAUAAUAGGGAAAUAAGAAUAAGCUCGUCAUUACAUUUCCAAUUUCAGAAUGUCAUUAUAUAACAACAAACAAUAAUAAAAAAUUCAUUUUUUGUUGUAAACGUAGAAAUGGAAUCAAAAUUAUAUCAAAAUACUAUUACAUAUUGUGUUUGGAACAAUAUCUGGUAAUACAAAUGCCUACUAAUACACAAAACAAAAUGAGAGUUGCUUCAUUUCAGUCACAUGAAUGUUAUGAAACAGUCGGUAUAUAU